AUGCAGAGGAACGGUGUUUUUUCAGAUAGCUUCACCUACACGUGUCUGUUGAAAUCUUUUGACGGUUAUAGCUGUUUUCGGAUGGUGCAGAUGAUCCAUGCACAUGUGGUGAAGUUUGGGUUUUUCGGGAGUGAUAUAUUUGUGCCGAACUCAUUGAUAGAUUCGUAUUGUAAAUGUGGGGGUGCUGGAAUGAAUGCGGCAAUUUGGUUGUUUUUGGAGAUGGAGGAACGGGAUGUGGUGACUUGGAACUCUCUAAUUGGUGGGUUGGUGAGAGGUGGUGAGUUUGAGAAAGCCUGCAAGGUGUUUGAUGAAAUGUCUGAGAGGGAUGUGGUUAGUUGGAACAUCAUGUUGGAUGGGUAUGCUAAGGCUGGGGAGAUGGGGAAGGCGUUUGAGAUGUUUGAGGGAAUGCCCGAGAGGAAUGUUGUGUCAUGGGCGUCGAUGGUUUGGGGUUAUUGUAGAGCCGGGGAUAUGAAUAUGGCGAGGAUGUUGUUCGAUAAGUGUCCUGGGAAGAACUUGGUGAUUUGGACCACUAUGAUAUCUGGGUAUGCUGAGAAGGGGCUUGUUAAUGAGGCAACAAAGUUGUAUGAUAAGAUGGAGGGAGUUGGGAUGAGGAUUGAUGAUGGGUUUCUGAUAAGUAUUUUGGCUGCAUGUGCCGAGUCUGGAAUGGCUGCAUUGGGGAAAAGAAUUCACGCUUCUGUUGAGAGGCGGAGGUUUAGGUGUAGCACUAAGGUGUUGAACGCAUUCAUCGAUAUGUAUGCGAAGUGUGGUUGUGUGGAUGUUGCCCUUGGUGUCUUUAGUAGGAUUGAAAAGAAAGAUUUGGUGUCUUGGAAUUCCAUGAUUCAAGGGUUAGGCAUACAUGGACGUGGUGAGAAAGCACUUGAGCUUUUCACGAGGAUGGUACAUGAGGGUUUUGAACCGGACAAAUAUACAUUCAUUGGUCUUUUAUGUGCUUGCACCCAUGCAGGCCUUGUCAAUGAAGGGCGUAAUUACUUCUAUUCAAUGGAGAAAGUGCAUGGGAUUGUUCCUCAAGUUGAGCACUAUGGUUGUAUGAUUGAUCUUCUUGGUCGAGGGGGACACCUGGAGGAAGCUUUUCAGCUUGUGCGCAGCAUGCCUAUGGAGCCAAAUGAAAUAGUCUUGGGAACUCUUUUGGGGGCUUGUCGAAUGCAUAAUGAUGUAGAUCUUGCAAAAGCUGUGUGCGAACACUUGUUUGAGUUGGCACCCCUGGAUCCUGGAAAUUUCAACCUUUUGUCAAACAUUUAUGCUCAAGCAGGGGAUUGGGUGAAUGUUGCUAGUGUAAGGUGGCAAAUGAAGAACACAGGAAGCCAAAAGCCUUCUGGAGCUAGUUCCAUUGAGGUAGAAGAGGAAGUGCAUGAAUUUACAGCAUUUGAUCAGUCACACCCUAAAUCAGAUGAUAUAUAUAGAAUGAUUGACAGAUUGAUAAAGGACAUUAGGCAGGUUGGAUAUGUUCCAAAGGCUUACGUCAGCCGAAGUGAUGCUUAUAGUUUUAACUUUUAA